CCAUCACCCCACCGCACCACACUGACAAUUAACACUCUCUCUGCCAAUGGGCCCAACUCCAUUCUUCCCCAGAACAACAAAACCCCUGAAAAAUCACCUCCCCCAAAUCCACACGUUCGCCCUCCUCACCACCGUGGGGAAAAGUUCCCUCCGCUCCCUCCCAAUGUCUCUCCUCCCUCAAAUCCUCCCCUCGCCGCGCCCCCAUCCCCACCUCGCCGCCUCCCACCACCCCUUCUCCCCCGCGCACGCAUUCCGUCGGACGCCUCGCCUCCAUGCGCCCGGCCACCGCCGCCGAGGCCGCCUCGCCGCGCCGGCGAACGCGUCCGGGGCCGGCUCGUCGCCGUCGCCCGACCAGUACCCGUCCGAGCCCGACGACGGGCUCGUGGAGCUCCCGCUAUUCCCGCUCCCGCUCGUGCUCUUCCCGGACGCGACCCACGCGCUGCACAUCUUCGAGUUCCGCUACCGCAUCAUGAUGCACACGGUGCUCCAGACCGACCUCCGCUUCGGCGUCGUCUUCGCGGGCUCGGGCGGCGCGUCCGACGUCGGCUGCGUCGGGGAGGUCGUCAAGCACGAGCGCCUCGCGGACGACCGCUUCUUCCUCAUCUGCAAGGGCCAGGAGCGGUUCCGCGUCGCCCGCGUCGUCCGCAACAAGCCCUACCUCGUCGCCGCCGUGCAGUGGCUCGAGGACCGCCCUCCCGCGGAGGCGCCGGCCCCAGGGGAGGACGCCGAGGCGCUCGCCGUCGAGGUCGAGGCGCUCAUGCGCGACGUCAUACGCAUCGCCAACCGCCUUAACGGCAAGCCCGAGAAGGAGGUGGGGGACCUGCGCCGGGGGCUCUUCCCCACUCCCUUCUCCUUCUACGUCGGCAAUACCUUCGAGGGUGCGCCCAGGGAGCAGCAGGCGCUGCUCGAGCUUGAGGACACCGCCGCGCGGCUGCGCCGGGAGCGGGACACGCUCCGCAACACUCUCAACUACCUCACCGCCGCGUCCGCCGUUAAGGAUGUCUUCCCCUCGUCGCCGUCGUCGGGGUGAAGCACUCUUCCUCUCGCCUCUAUCGCCAGGAUGAUAAGGAGUCUGUGGAGGGUAUAGGACUAAACCUUCUUGUCACUCUUUUUCGCCUUCUCUUUCCCUUUGCCCACAUAAUUCCACGGGUAGGUUUUACUUCAAUGUGGUUAGCAUUUUAGCGUGUAAAAUUGUAUAAUCUGGGUGUAUCAACUCAUGAAAUGUGGGGCUAUGAAGAUGAUCCAUGGCACUGAUAAGAAUUUUGCACUAUGAAAGCAAUGCAUCCAGGCUUGAAAUAGGAUGUAAUUACUUGCUUGUCAGCUAUUGAGCCUCCAUCAUAAAUUCGAAGUGUAUUACUCAAUUGGAAUUAUGUUGUUCGA